CGACCGACCUUCGUCAUGGUAGCACGGACACUCACAGCUCUGUGCUUCCUCCUGCUGUUUAUGCUACCGGGUCCACUCCAUGCUCAAGAGUGUCGUCCGCGAAGCUUCGGGUCAGACAGUGUAGUAUGUGUUUGCGACGCCCAUCACUGUGACCUGCCGGGUCGGUUGACCUUACCUGACUCUGGCCACUUCACCAUCGUCACCUCCUCCAGGGAUGGGCUCAGAUUCAGCACCGAGACCCGUAAGCUGGAUCACAACCCAGCAGAAGGGAGGGUCAAGGUGGUGGUGGAGACCGGUACACCUCGCCAGGCUAUGCUGGGGUUCGGGGCGGCAUUCACUGACGCAGCUACCAUCAACGUGGCUGCCCUCACUCCCCCUGCCCAGGACUUGCUGCUCAGAUCAUAUUUCGCGCCCGAGGGUGUGGAGUACGACUUAUGUCGGGUUCCCAUCGCCGGCACUGACUUCUCCGUGAGGCCAUACUCCUACAACGACGUGGAGAACGACGUUCUUCUUGAGCACUUCACCCUCGCCCAGGAGGAUAAACUUUAUAAGGUGCCACAGAUACUGAGGGCCCAGCAGCUGGCUCAGCGACCCCUCAGACUGUUCGCGUCUCCGUGGGCUCCUCCAGCCUGGAUGAAGACCAACGGUAAACUGAACGGGAAUGGUGAGCUUCUGCCGGAGAUGAGGCAACCCUGGUCCAACUAUUUAGUUAAAUUCGUGAAGGAGUAUGAGGCUGCGGGUGUAACGUUAUGGGGCCUCACCACGCAGAACCACCCAGCAGACACCGCAGUCAAUAAUUGGAACUGUUGUUUCUGGAGCAGUGAGGACAUGAGGGACUGGAUCAAGGACAGUUUGGGCCCCACACUGAAGGCCGCCGGUCUGAGUGAACUGAAGAUAAUGGUUGGCGACGAGGUCAGAAUUCAACUCCCGGAGAUCUCGAAGACGAUUCUGACGGAUCCUGAAGCCGCUCAGUACGUGGACGGCUUGGCUGUUCACUGGUAUUCCGACAACAAUUGCAGCCCGGACCUCCUGGACCAGAUACAACAGCUCUACCCUGACAAGUUCAUCCUUUACACCGAGUCUUGUAUAGUUCCAGGAAUGAAAUUGUGGAAUGAUCCAGGGCUGGAGGCUGUAGUGCUAGGCUCAUGGUCCCGGGCCGACUCCUACGCCACUAGCAUCAUCGAGAGUGUGAACCACCACUCAACUGGCUGGAUUGAUUGGAACUUGGCUCUGGACAUGAACGGAGGACCUAACUGGGCCGGUAACCAGGUCGACUCGCCAAUCAUCGUCAACGCGGAGGAAGAUGAGUUCUACAAGCAGCCCAUGUUCUAUGUGAUGGGUCACUUCAGCAAAUUUGUUGCGCCAGGGUCAAGGCUGGUGCCAUCGUGGGUAGUGGAGCCAUACAGCCACAAUAUACACACCGCCGCCUUUAUCCACCCUGAGGGACCCACCGUCGUCGUUCUGCUUAACAGGGGCGAGGAGGCGCGGGAAGUUAGUGUGGAGGUCGGGUAUGGGAGGUAUACUAACGUUCACCUCCCCGCCAAGGCUAUCCAGACACUAGUCAUCGCCGGGGAGGACCAGAGCGCCAAGUCUCACGCCAAGACCAAAUACACGCCGGAGGGACAACACCAGCAUGACUGACCUAGCAAGUUAACAUUGUAGUGGACUUCUCCCCUACAACUUCCUACAACUGCGUAGCAGCUCACCACCUG